UUUUUUUUUUUGUGUUGACGCUCUCCCUGUUUUCAAAGUUAAAUUUCUUUUGCCCUUUUCCUUUUCUCACUCUCUUUUCUUCUUCUUUUCUCACUUUUUCUUGAUCCUUUUUUCAUGUCUCAAGAACCAGCGCAAUAUCUAGGCGUGACACCUCCCAUCUCACUGGUGCCACCUACAGAUCAAGAACUAAAAUCAACUGACGAUUUGCUGAAGACUCUUCAAGAUUUUGGUCUAUUUGAAUCCGAACAUGAUGCUCAAAAACGAGUAAUAGUAUUGGGGAAAUUAGAUAAACUUGUCAAAGAAUUUGUUUAUCGUGUCAGCAAGAUGAAAGGAUAUCCUGACGCUCUCGCCAAAGAAGCUGGCGGUAAAAUCUUCACCUUUGGAUCUUAUCGUUUGGGUGUUCAUGGUGCUGGUGCCGAUAUUGAUACAUUAUGUGUUUUCCCUAAACAUGUCGAAAGAGAACACUUUUUUACUGUCAUGUAUGAAAUGCUCAAGGAUCGUCCUGAAGUAACUGAACUUACGGCUGUUGUUGAUGCUUAUGUGCCAGUGAUCAAGAUGCAUUUCUCUGGUAUUCCGAUUGAUUUUGUAUGUGCUCGUUUAGGUGUCGCUCGUGUGCCUGAUGAUUUGGAACUUUCUGACAAUAAUCUUUUAAAAAAUCUUGACGAUCGAUGUGUUCGAAGUAUCAAUGGUUCUCGAGUGACGGAUGAAAUUUUACGAUUGGUGCCAAACAUUCCUUCUUUCAGAAUAGCAUUACGAACAAUCAAGUUAUGGGCAAAACGAAGAGCCAUUUAUUCAAAUGUUAUGGGAUUUCUAGGUGGUGUUGCUUGGGCUAUGUUGGUGGCUAGAAUUUGUCAACUUUAUCCGAAUGCAUGUGCUGCUGCUUUGGUCAAUCGAUUUUUCCGUAUCAUGUUCCAAUGGAAAUGGCCCCAACCUGUGUUAUUAAAACAUCUUGAAGAUGGUCCUUUACAGGUUCGUGUAUGGAAUCCAAAGUUGUAUCCUUCCGAUCGAAAUCAUCGAAUGCCAAUCAUCACACCAGCCUAUCCUUCCAUGUGCUCAACACACAAUGUCACUAAUUCUACAAGAACAAUUAUGAUUAAGGAAUUUGAUCGUGGAGCAACUAUUGCAGGUGAUACUUUGAAGGGAACGAAACAAUGGUCUGAUCUUUUUGUGAAAAGUGAUUUCUUCCAAUCCUACAAAAAUUAUCUUCAAGUCAUUGCUUCUUCUUUAUCCACUGAGUCACAAUUGAAAUGGUCUGGUCUGGUAGAAUCCAAAUUACGUCAAAUUGUAGCGAAAUUAGAAGUCAUGGAAUUGAUUAUAUUGGCUCAUCCUUACAUCAAAGGAUUUGAUAAAGUACACUAUAUUACAACUGAAGAAAAAGAAAACGCAACACGUGGUGUAUACCCUACGGAUCGUACGUUUGAUCUGGAAGAAGGAAGCAUGGAAAUUGAUUAUUUGGAAAAAAUCAAGGAGAGCGGGGUUUGGCCCGAAGACAAAUUGGAUGAACUUUCACCCUUAUAUACAACAACAUUUUAUAUUGGACUCUCCGUACAACGAAGAUCAAAGGACGAUACGACUAAGACAAAACGACAACUCGAUUUGAAGGCAGUUAAUCAAGAAUUCACUCAUUUAGUAAAGAAUACUGAUGUCUUUGAUGCCGAAACUAUGACUAUAAUUAUGAAAAAUACCAGAGCGAAAGAUCUACCUGUGGAACUCACUGGCGAAGAGAAGAAAUCACAAGAUAAUUUUGACAAGAUGACUGGGAAACGAAAGCAAGAGAAUAAUAAUGACGAGGAAGGUAAUAUUGAAAAAAAAGCUCGUACUACGACAGGUAAAAAUGAAGAAUGCAACUUGGUCAAGGAUGCUAGCACAACGGUUAAAAAACAACUGCCAUCACAGGAAGAGGAUCGUACAGUUACUGAAAUGGAUGAUCAUAAAGUUGAUAAGGAGGCUCCAGGGAACCAUGAGCGCUCGUAGAUAGAUAGUGAUCAAAAGUAUACCCUUUUUUUUUUUUUUGUUUUUACUGUUUAUUAUCUCUUUAG